CGGAGGCCCCCCCGGAAAUCGCAGUGGUGGGGCGCCCGGCGCCUCCUGGCUCUGAUCGGAUGGGGCCGCGCCGGGGAUCCGGGCCCUGCCCCGGGACAGGGCCUCUUCUCUAGGGUCUCCCAGGUCCCUCAGUAUCUGUCCCCCCACCAGCCGCCGGCCGACAUCCCGGAGCAUUUCCAGAUCUGUUUCAACUUCGCCCGGCACCUCUUCGACCUCUGCGUGGUGACUCUGCUCUGUGCCUGCUCCCCGGCUUUCCGGCUGCUCCUGGAUAUUUUGGGGUUCAGGGGGCCCCUGAAAGUCUGGCUCCACGGGCUGGCCACCUUCCUUGUCACCACCUACGGGAUGUACCUGGUGCUGUGGCUGGUCCAGAAAUACCUGCUGCAGUUCGCCUGCCUCUAUGGCUUCCUGCAGACACUGGUGCUGUGCGUGAGCAUCCGGGCCGCCGAGGAGGAGGAGGAGGAGAGCGGGGGCGGCCCGGGGGGACUGGACCCCGGCGGUGGGGCAGAGGCAGAGAGGAUGGAGUGAUAGCCCCACCUGUCCGCCUCGCACCUCAGCAAUAAACCACAGAGUCACCAGCGUCUGGGUGUGCGUGCGAGGACCGAGCUCCGCCCACUUUCCACGUGGAGACACAAGACUUCGGCACUAUGGGGGCGAGGGCACCAGGACUUAGCCCCGCCCCCCUUGGGUACAGAGACCUGAGACUCCGCCCCCAGGCACUUGUGAGAGGGGUCGGGGGACUGGCUGGCUCAGGAGUUUGGGGGAUGUGUGUGUGUGGGGGGGUCAGAACCACUACAGGGAAGGAACCAAUCAGAACCGCUGGGAUCCAGCCAAGCUGCAAGUGGAUCUGCGGGGGGAGGGGAAAGCGGAUUGGAACCGCUUCGGGUCAGGGAGGGCAA